AAGCAGCACAUGCAAUUGGCUGAUGGGGAACAUCAUUUUACAUAGGGAUGUAACUAAACCGGUUCUAUUGUGUAAUUUCUGUGUAAAUUAAAUAGUCGUAUGUUUCUGAAACAGGAGAGUUAGCCACACCAGGAUGAUGUAUUAUUUGCUGCAAAAUACAGUAGCUGACACACAAACAGAUGUUUGUUUAAGAUCCACAGGUGGUGUAUUUGUGCAUUCCAGUGUGCACAGGUGAACACACACACAUCUUAAAACCUCCUGGUCACACACACGCACACAAGGACUCUUACAGAAUGUGUCAUUGUGUGUACUUGAGGUGUGGUGCUCUAAGUUAGCAUUCAGAGGACAUGCAAGACUGUGGGGCUUUCAUGACAGACCACGUCACAGAAACCCACCAGACGAUGUACGGUCCUCUACAUGGAUUGAACACAUGAAUGGGCUCAAGAAAUAACAAAUGAUUGGAAAAUACUUCAAGCAAAUCAAGAAAGAAGGUUUUCUGAUACAGGAUCUUGUAGUCAGGUAUGAAUCCAUUUCUCUACUGUUUUCUCUGCCAUCACUUACUUCUCACUGUUACAGAACCAGUUCACUCUGAGCUUAAACUGCACAUGUAGAAGUACACUUUGUUGUAUUAGUAGUCAUUCAGAUUCUUUACAGUGUGUUCCUGUGUUGUGUCCAAUCCAGCAGGCGUUAUGACAAACAUUUACAAGAGCACAAUGACACACAAUCCUCAAUUUUCUUGAAACCCCACAAAAAAACGUGCGGCCCAGUUGUAGACUACGAACAGGGUGCAUCAAGUAAGAUGGCCUGUCAGAUAGAUGUUUAGUAGCUGUCUGGAUAUUGCCACCAGACAGUUUCCUCUUAAUGAUCAAACAAAGCAGUAUGUUUAAAGGCCGACCCAGCUACUUAGACUGGGAAGGAACUUCCUUCCGUGACUUGUUGUUAUCCUGUAGAACUCCCGCUAUCCAGAUCAUUUCAAGGGUAAAGAACUAAUUCAACACAGUCGUCAAGUAAGGAUACCAUCUGGAAUACACUUGUAACCUAACAGUAUCUGCUACCUCAUCUCAUUCACCAUGCCUCCCCAGUCCCACCCAACUAAAGCCAGAAUCCCCACAACCACAGCCUCCCACUCUAACAGCACCUCUGCUCCCACCUCUAUCAUCCCUGACUUUAUUUCUCAACUCCUGGACAAAAUCCCUUUGCCAAGAUGGGCCAUCUAUACAAUAGCUGCCGUGAUCCUCUUCUUGUUUCUGGUCUGUAUUUUGUGUAUCUGUGCCAAAUGCUGCUGCAAGAGUAAAAAGAAACAGAAGAAGAAAGACAAGCAGAUGGAUCUGAAAGGCCUGAAGGAAACCUCAACCUCUGCACUGGUCCAGCCUGGGGCAGAUGAGGCGGUCUACGGAUCGACCAAGGAACCAAGAGGACAGCUUCUCUACUCCCUGGAAUACAACUCACCCCAGUCCGAGCUCACUGUGGGGAUAAAAGAAGCUAGAGGGUUGAAAGCCAUGGACACGGGGGGGACUUCUGACCCUUAUGUCAAGGUCUACAUCAGCCCCUCCAAGUCCAAAACAUGCGAGACCAAGGUCUUUAGGAAAACCCUAAACCCAAUUUUCAAUGAACUCUUCACAUUUAAGAUCCCCAUGGCAGAGCUGAACGAGUGCACAGCAGUCAUGCAGGUCUUUGACUUCAACAAGUUCACCAAACACUGCAUCAUAGGCGAGAUCCGGUUGCAGCUCAGCACCGUCGACUGGAAUCACGUCAUCGAGGAAUGGCGAGAUCUGACGGAAGCGUCCAAGUUUGAUAACGAGAACCUGGGAGAGAUAUGUUUCUCCUUGCGCUACGUCCCCACUGCCAGCAAGCUAACUGUUGUCAUCCUAGAGGCCAAAAACCUGAAGUCUAUGGAUCCAGGCGGGUCAUCAGAUCCUUACGUGAAAGUGCAGCUCACUUUAGAUAAGAAGAAGUGGAAGAGAAAGAAGACAUCGGUUAAGAAGAACACUCUGAAUCCCUACUUCAACGAGUCUUUUGACUUUGAGGUGUCGUUUAAUCAAAUCAAAAGGGUUCAUCUGGUGAUCGCCGUAUGGGACUACGACAAGAUGACGCGAAAUGACGCUAUCGGCAAGAUCUUUCUGGGAUGCGACGCGUCUGGGAACCAGCUGAGACACUGGGCAGACAUGCUGUCCAGCCCUCGCAGGCCCGUGGCUCAGUGGCACACGCUGCUGUCAGCCCAGCAGGUGGACAGCACCCUGUCUCUCAAACGCGCCAUAAAGAUCCCGUUCAUGGAUAAGAGUUAAUAGACAACGGUUACCGGUAGCCAACUAUUUACGCUAACAUACCAUACUGCACAUGUAAAUAAUAUACGCUUCCAGGUUUUCAUUUCAAAUGAGUUAUUAACAAGCUGUUUUUGUAUAUUGGAAAUGAUUGAAUUUAGUAUACUUUUUCCAUUACAACACUUUUUUAUAGUCCUUUAUUACUGAAUACUGCUUUAAUUGUACAGACACUGAAUUAGAAGGCUCCUGAAUGAAGUCAUACUGUAUACCCAAUUUUCCUGCAUUUACCUUCCCUUUCAAAUUGGUGUCAGGAAGAUGCCCUUUCUGCACUUUUAUAACACUGCCCCUAAAGAUUUGAAAUAAAUUAAUCUGCUCUUAA